UCUCUCUCUCAUAGAGUAAAUGUAGGCUCUUAUUGUUUGUUCUCUUGAUGAUUAUACAGGGAGGCAUAGUUCGCGUACAAGGCGAUGAGUUCUGGCACAUGACCAAAGUUUUAAGAUUGCGCACAAACGAUAGGGUAGAGCUCUUCAAUGGGAAAGGAGGUUUGAUACAAGGUUUAAUACAGAGCGUCGACCGCUCUGGACUUGAUUUUGUGGCAUUGGAAGAUCCAAAGUCAGCUCUUCCACAGAGCACACAAUGGCAUGUAUUUGCAGCUUUUGGUACUUUAAAGGGUGGUCGAGCUGAUUGGCUUGUUGAGAAAUGCACGGAGCUGGGGGCUAGUAGUUUAACUCCUCUGCUGACAGAACGGUCUCCUACUGUCUCAGAAAAUCGUCUGGACAGGUUGCAGCGUGUCAAUAUGGCAGCAGCUAAACAAUGUCAACGGCUGCAUGAAAUGAUCCUGAAUCCUCCAAAGAAUAUUAAUGGUCUUUUACCUCUUGUUGCAGAGUCAAAGCUAGCUUUUUUGGCAGUUGCAGAAGGUACCCCUCUUGUUAGUGCAUUAACUUCGUCAGGAACGGAGUCCAGUGGAUUUAUUGUGGUUGGACCUGAAGGUGACUUCACUGAGAAAGAGGUGAAUGAAUUGAUGCAAGCUGGUGCUAUCUCUGUUGGUCUUGGUCCACAUCGAUUACGGGUUGAAACUGCAACUGUGGCUCUUCUGGCAACUCUGAUGUUGUGGUCUGAUUCUCAAAAAACAUGCGAUACUUUAUCUCACUCUCAAGGCUAGUGUUCUUUAGUCAUCUCUUGGAUAAGGUUGAACUACAUUACUUUUUGUGUACCGCUUACUUUUGGUCAAUUGUAGAUGACUGAAUGUUUCACCAAUGCUGUUGUUGUUGAGCAUAUGAAGGUUAAUUUUAACGAGGGAUUUGAGCACUGUAA